UCAAGUGUACAGAAAACGCUGUGAAACUAUAACUGUAGAAUUCUGAGGCGUCAAUCAAUUAAAACAACAUUUAAACACAGACUGAUACUGCAAAGUGACCUAAAAGAUGUUUUAUUGGAAUGGAUUGGAACGAAUGAUGGACAUACUCCUCGCUCUUAAGUCGCAUUGGUCUAAUGUUACUAGCCUACGGCUUUACUUUAUUAUCUGUCUAUUUGCACUGCUGAUAAACAAAGUCUCUGCAGAGACAGAAAAUCUUGUGGGUGUAAUUGGACGUUCUACUAUCUUGCCAUGUUUCUUUAGUAAUAGUGGGAACACAGUCACUGAGAUUGAUGUGCGUUGGAGACACAAUAAAACCCUGAAUGUGUGUGACAUAACUGAUGGCAAAUGUUCAGGAGAGCAUCAAGCGGCGGGUUACAAGAACAGAACUGAAGUUUUCCCUGAGGAGUUUGUGAAUGGAAACUUCUCCCUGAAACUCUCCCAUCUUACGUCCACUGAUGCAGGAGAAUACCAAUGCUUCAUCAUACAUUCAUCUGAACUUGUUAAACUACAGCUACGCUUAAAUGAAUCAACAGCAGAUAAAGCAGACCCAACAACAGAAACAAGGCUCAUGUCGAGGAUAAUAAUUCCUGUGUUAAGUUUUGUUUUGUUGCUGUUAGUUUGUGUCAUUAUAUUUACAUAUAAGAAAAGAUGUUAUAAAUCCUCUAGUUCAGGGGUGUCUGCUAAUGGAGGGCACCUCUCAGACAAUGAUUCCUUGACUAACAUAUGAUUAGUAAGACUUUUACGAAUAACUCUAAAGGUUAAGCAUAUAAUUUUUGGUAAGUUUCUAAAUAUUAUCCACUACAGAAUUUAUUACUGCUGAUCAAUUGAUAUCUGUCUGUAAAGAUCAUCUUCUCUGUGCCUGCUCGAGCUGUGCAGAGUUGUUUUCAGUUUUGGGGCUGCAUUUCAACAUUAACAAUUAGUUAUGCAACAUAAUUUAUAGUCAGAAAACCCUAUUAAGCUAAUGAUCUACAUUUCACGGUUUGGUUUUUGCAAAUUAAUAUUUGUAUAGUAUCUCUACAUUGUAUUUUUUGCUAAGUUACCAAAUAUAGUGCCAGAGUUGCCUUGGUAGAAUUUCACCUAUAAACUAACUUACUCUCCUAGUGAACUUCAUCACCUAACACCCAGCUUACAUAACAUUUCUUCUUGUUAAUGUAGCUUUGUAUAGUGUGCUUAUUGUUGGUUAUUAAGGGAAGAUGGGGUGGUGAUGGCCCAGUGGAUAAGACACACGCCUUUGGUGUGAGAGACCCAGGUUCUAAUCCACUGUGAUGCACCAUUGUGUCCCUGAGCAAGACACUUAACCCUAGUUGCUCCAGAGGCGUGUGACCUCUGACAUAUAUAGCAAUUAUACGUUUUUUUUUGGAUAAAGCGUCAGCUAAAUGAGUAAGUAAGUAAGUAAGAUGUUAAUUAUAAGCAACUUAUUUUUAAGUCACUUAUAAUAAGUUGCUUUUAAAUAAAUAUAAAUGUAACUAUUCUGUUAUUUAAAAUCUUAAAGUAUUAUGCACUAACAGUUUUUUUAUUCUGUUGUAGGGCUGUCAAAUUUUAAUUCGAAUUUCGAAUAUUCGUCGAAUGUAAAAAAAAUAUGCAUAUUCGAACGUAAAACUUUGCAUUCGAAUUUUACCUGUGUCAGGAAGCUCACGCAACGUGAUGAUGACGUAACUGACGCGGAUUGUUAUACAGAGCGUUAGCGGCUCAGCCAACUAUGCGGAGCAAGCCAGCGUUAUUCAUUUGAAAAAUAGCAAGAAAUGACAGUGGGGAUUACGAGUCGGACAGAAUACAUAUUAAAAGGGCUGUGUGAUGCUGCUUUGGUUUUUGGAGCAUCAACUGGAAUUCAACCGCAAAGUGAAACUAACUGAGAUGAAUUAUUGUCGUCUGCUUCUAAAUGCAGUUUUAAAGUUUAAAAUAACUGAUCAACACGAAAGUGCCAUAAUACAGCUGCUUGUUUAGCAACAAUAAAACCAUAUGUGCAUCUACAGAGUCCACACCGCAUAUGAGAGAGUUGCAAUGUAACGCCGCGGUGGCUUUAUUUUAACUGACUGGAAACUUGACUUUCACCUGGACAUUUGAUAUGCAAGUUUAUCAUCAACAUUAUCUGCGUGAAAUAUUAACAUGAUGAUCAUCUGCCAACUCGACUGUUUCAGCACGUCCUCUAUGUUAAUUACGGAGUGUCUGCUUUAUUAACGGCUUCACUCUGCGCGUAAGUUAAAAAUUUCUGUUCUGUACUUUAUUACUCGCAUAUAUUUCUACAUAUUUUCAACCAAGGAACACACAAAAUAUAAUAUAAGUUGUUGUGAAUAGCGUUUAAGCUUGACAAAAUUUAAAUGACUAAUGAUCUUUCCCACUUAUUUUGGCUUAAAUAAAGAUUAAUUCGUUUUUAUACUUUAUUAGAAACACGUACUUAUCUACUUACUACUACUAUAAAAUGCCCUAUAUUAAUAUGCAUUGUCUAUGUAUGGCAUUCGUUUUGUACAUUUACAGGUGCACAACUAUACUGGUUAAUUUUGAUUUCAUUAGUAGUGUUUAUAACAUUCGUUUUAACAAAAAAUAAGCUGUGCAUGAUUAUAUUAUUGGGGCUUUGUGCUGCGCCCUCUUGUGGGCUUUUAGGAGUAUUUUCUCCAAGAUAAAGUAGGUCUUUAUAAUUCGAAUAUAAUUCGAAUUUUAUUAUUUUUCAAGGACGAAUUUCGAAUGUACUUGUUCAGCCAUUUUGACAGCCCUAUAAUCUGUUGCUUUGUGUUCAACUUCUAUGAUAAUCUUUAAUAUUUAUAGUAUUUUAUAAAAUUGAUAUUUCAGGUCCAAUAUAUUUUUUUGGUCUAGAUUUCUUAAGCAUGGCAAUAUUCUGUUACAGUAGAAUCUAGAUAUUUUGGUUUCAUUCUUGUUUUAUUUAUUUUUCAGUGUGACUGACUGGAUUUGAUUUUGGCUUGCCUUAAUAUUUAAAUCUAUUUGGUUCAUUUGGUUCAUUAUAUUUAUUGAAUCUUGAUUGCUGUUUUAAAAUUUUUUUUUUGAAAUUGAAUCAUUCCUCGUGACAUCCCUAGUUGCAAAACUGCAAGUUUCUAAAGAUUUUAAACUUGGUUUCAAUUUAAGGGUUAAAUAUAUUGUUAAUAUUAAAAUAGUGUAUUUAGUUGUCAAGAGAAAACUGUUAAAAUUAAGAGGACCAAUUUACUCAUAUGUACUUAUAAAUGUAGAUUUUUUUCUAAUUAUUUCGCAUUUUCCAUGGGGCUUUGACUACAACAUAUAUUUACAAUUAAACUUUUUAAACUUGUCACGGGUGCCACUUUUAGAUACGUUUUUUUAUUGUGUAUGAAACCACAGAACUCUGAGCAGUCACAACAGUUUGAGAUAUACAAGCAUAACUUUGUUUUAAAGAUGCAUUCAGAUUCAUUUCACUGUCAAAUGCAUGAUGCAUUAGUAAUGGCUCCUUAGUAAUGGUUAUAUGUAUAUGAAUUUAAAUCUAUAUUUAUACAACAACAAAAGAACAUCAGUCUGACAUAGGAGUGUCAGUGUUCAGUGACUUUUAAUCUGAGACAGAAUUAAUCAGAGAUCAGUAUUACAAAUUACAUAUACUAGUGAUCGAAUCAAUUGAACCAAAAAUUUAUUCGGUUCGAAACAGCACAAACGCUGGCGACAUCUGCUGGUCA